AUGACAGAACCACGCACACAGACAGAGACGCAGGAAGAGCGCGUCAUCCCAGCAUCGCGGCGCGCCGACGGCUCACUGCGCAAGGAGCGACGAAUCCGGACUGGCUUUGUUGCCAUAGAGGAGAGGCAAAGGUAUGUGCCGCCAGCAGCCAGACGGCGAGCGCAAGCAGAGGGGCCACAGAGAGAAAAUUUCCCAGAACCGCCCAAGGCAGAAAGGAUAGCCAAAACUGCAGGCGACUGGCCAGUACUCCCAAAGAAAGCCAACCUAGACAAAGAUCGGCUGGAGAAGUCGCACGAGUUGCGUGGCAAAAAGGCGGACACAAGUGGGAAUUGGCGGGCGCCCGCGGCAGCGCCUACAGCAAAAGACAAGGCAGAGCAGGACGAAGAUGAUCUGCUUGUCAACGCGAUGCAGAAGGUUACGCUGAGUGAUGCAAAGGAAAAAUAA